AUGGACUUGCAGUACAUGGAUCGAGAUCUGGCAAGUGAGGUUCGUCGAUUUGUUCGCGAAUGUCAGAAUAGGCUGGCAAAUGCCUCUAGCUCGAGCGAAGUGAUUGAAACAUUAAAUGACAUGGUGGAACUAUUUCUGCGAGGAUCUCUGCUCCCCUCUCAAGUUUCACUCGAAAAUCGUCCUGUUCUGAAGGGUGAAUUUGUAAGCAAUCACUUUGUGAGGUUCACCGAAUUUAUUCUAUCUUCGCCAGUAAUUGGAUUCUAUAGUAACUUCAAUGAGCAGCAGAGAACAAAUUUUUUUGAAGUGUUUUUCCUUCGUGGUCCAUCACACGAUUGUCUUCUUGUUCUGGGAGACGCACUCUCCAAACCGGCGACCAAUUUGAAAAAUGCUAAGGUGAUAGUAUCAUUGCUAGAGAAGUUCUUUGCUGAAGAAAGAUUGGUUGAUGUGCUUGUGGAACAAUGUCGUUUAUCCACGCAUUCCCAAAAUGGCUCGAGUAAAUCCAGUUCAGCAGGGCUUGAAGGUAAACUUUGGGGACAGCUCGUGACUUUGAUAGUUUCUCUCCCUCAGAGAGUGGCAAACAAACUAAGAUUUAAGUGUAGUUCACAGUUCUACCCUGCGUCUUAUUUCAACCUUGUUUCAUGUCAAAUUCUCAAAGCAUUGGAGAAGUUACAUGACAACCUAACAAUGUCACAGGAUUGCUCCUUCAAGUUCCUUGGUGAAUUGAUUGGUCGGAUUUGCCUGGCUGGGCAAGCAGAGAGAAUGUUUACUAUACUUUUACCAGCAUUAGAAAAUUGGCUGAAGAAGAGUCCACUUUGGAAUAGGAUCUGUGCACGACUUAUUACAGGGAUACCAGACAGUAGCAUGGAACAUGUUAGCGAAGGCCUGCUAAAGAUAGCAGAUGACCCCUCCCUAAUUUCUAAGCUUUUUGGUGAUUCAGUGCUCACCAACUCUAAACUCAAGUAUUUGCUGACAUCCAAGUUUCUACUGAUGAGAAGCUAUUCCAAUAUGAAUGUUCUUUACAACAUCAUAGGAUAUUUAUCUGGGUGUAAGCACAGGCAUUUGCUGGUGGAAGUGUUACACACUCUUUUUGACAUCUGGGGCGAUAGAAGCGCAAUUAAGCACACAACAUAUGACCAGCAUUUUUAUGUCACGUGUGCAGUAGUUCUCUCAUUUGGUCAUUUGAACAUUGAAGAAAGGAAAUCUGAAAAACAUGAACUGCUAAACAAGUUGUUAGUUGGCGUGCAGAGUCAUUUAGAGAGCCCUUUGGAAAAAGUGCAACAUCUUGGCAUGGUGGUUGCGGAAUGUGUUACAUCUUCCCUUGAACCUAAUGGGGAGAAACUUGCCUUUGGAUAUGUGGAAGAUGAUGAUACUAAACUAUUGAAAUCACUGUCUAAAGGUCCACCGGAGAGGAUGGAUUUGAGAAAUGCAGGAAAGAGAAAUGAGCUUAAUGUUGAAAGCAAAGGCAAUGAUAAACUGACAACUGAAGAGAGUUCCUCUGCAAAAGUCUCUACUGAGAAAAACUCUCCUCAGAGUUGUGAAGAUGAUGAUGAUUUGGUGCCGUAUGAUCUCAGAGAAGAAGAUGACAUGGAUUUGAAAUCUGAGGCUCCAAAGUAUUUGCGAGAUUGUAUCGAAGGCCUUUUAGCAUCAGAAGACCCAUCAAAAACGGAAGCAUCAUUGAAAAAUGUGGAGAAACUUGUUUGUGCUGAAAUGGAUGACCUGGAGGAUGUCUGUGAAGAAUUAGUGAAAGUUCUACUUCAUCUUCAGGACCGAUAUUCCACUGAUAUGUUUGGUGAACUACGUCACAGUGCAAUAGUUGCUGUGCUUAUUAGGUGUCCUGAACAGAUUGCUUGUUACUUGACUGAGGAAUUUUUUGCUCCAAAUUACAAUUUACAGCAGAGGAUGGACAUGUUAAGUUUUCUUGCUGAUGCAGCACAGAGGCUUUCAACACCAGUGGAAAUAACGAAAACAAAAGAAGUUCCAAGAAGGUUUCCACUCCCUCAAGCAGAAUCUUAUAAAUCUUUGCAAGCCAUACCUGAGUGGCAGAAGAUUGUACAGGAGAGAAUUGAUGGUAAAACAAAGAGAUUUACCAAGGGGCCAUCACACCCUCAACCCAAACCUGUUGCUAACAAGUUUGCUAGUGUGGCUGGAUAUUUCUUUUUUCCAUUAAUGAAGAACUUUGACAGCAAAGUGAACACAUUGGAUCUUUUGGGCGAAGACACACUUGUCCUUGGCAGGCUUGUGUACACUCUUGGAAUGAUCAUGUACUCUGCUAGAGAAACUCCUAUAGCCAGGAAUAUGGGCAAGGCCCUCUUGGAGUUCACUUGGGCUCUGAAGUAUCACUCAGAAUCAUUUGUGCGUCAGGCACUGAUCUUUGCACAGGCCAUGGUUGCAGUUUCUGUUCCUUCUGCUACUCUUUUGAAUGAUGCUCCUGGGGAACUCUCUGAGCUUUAUGACUGGCUGAAGACAACAGUCCAAAAUGAUACUGAUGCAGACAGUGUGAAGGCAGCUUUUCAGACACUUGUUUUGUUAGAAGAUGUUUUUAAGAGUCAAGUUGUUGUGCAUGGUUGAUCAUUGCUGCUUGUCUAAACUUUUCUUGCUGAGGCUUUUUCAACACUUUUGCUGACCUAAUUGCACUAUUGUGCCCUUUUGUCAUUGUAAGCAAUGACUUUGCCAGGCUCUUCCUAGUUCUGGAUGGGUUAUUUUAUACCCUGUUCUAUUAUAACCUAUAGGUGUAAACUUUAAUUUCCAUAACAUAUCACUAUUGUUGUGGAUAGUAAAAUAUAACAUCUACUUUUUUUGACAAGAAUUUCAUAAUUAGAAUUUCUUAUUGCAUUGCACUGUUUCAUUAGAAAUGUAAUUGAUAUUAAAGGAUCAAGGCUGCUUCAA